GUUUGUGGCCCGCGCGUCCAUCUUGGUGUAUUAAAAGUCAGGAAUGAAUGAAUGAAUCGAUUCCACGAUAGUUUGAGUUUGAGGUUUAAUCCCCGAUUAACGAUCUUGGUCCCGCCGAGUAAUCAAUAAAGAAAAUGGCUCACGAGUCAUUCACAGAUUCGACUACUACCACUAGUACGCCAGAUCCAUCUCUUUCUAAGAGCCGCCUCAACGCUCAGGCACCUGCGUUUGUGCCCACUCCGCGGAACGCUAAGGCACCUGCGUUUGUUCCCACUCCACGGACCGAUUUGCUGCAGCACCCCAGACUAGUAGUUUUCUCGCCGCCGCCACCCCCAUCUGUCCGCCAUCAUCACCCCCAGCCUUCUUCCAAAACCAACGAAGCUGAUCAGAAAAUUCUCAAUCAGGUGGAGUAUUAUUUUAGUGAUUUAAACUUAGCUACUACCGAUCAUUUGAUCAGGUUCAUCAACAAAGACCCAGAAGGCUUUGUGCCAAUAUCUGUUGUUGCAUCUUUCAAGAAGAUUAAGUCCCUCAUAACCACCCACUCUCAACUUGCUAAUGUUUUGAAGAACUCGUCAAAACUUCUAGUUAGUGAAGAUGGAAAGAAAAUCAAACGCCACUAUUCCCUAACAGAGUCUGAUAUUCAAGAGCUACAAUCUCGCAUUGUUAUAGCUGAAAAUCUACCUGAGGAUCAUUGCCAUCAGAAUCUUUUGAAGCUUUUUUCUUCUGUUGGAAGUGUGAAGACUAUCCGUACCUGUCCACCUCAAAUCUCCAAUAAUGGGACUUCUUCUGCUUCAAGAUUAGGAAAAAUUGACGGCAUACCUUUAUAUAACAAGUUGCAUGCAUUUGUUGAAUAUGAAUCUGUCGAGCUGGCUGAGAGAGCGGUCGCUGAACUAAAUGAUGAGAGAAAUUGGCGGAGUGGCCUCCGGGUUCGUUUAAUGCUUAGACACACGUCAAAACUUACUCAAGGACGGGGAGGGAAGGGACUUGAUGUUGAAGUUAGCUGUGAGGGGGAUUAUGCUUCUGUGUCAGAGCCACAGACAAUUGAGAAAGAAUUAGAGGAUGCUUCCUUUCCUGAUACUCUGGUGCAUGAACAUGUGCAGGGAGAAGAGGCUAGUUAUGAGAAAGAGAGCGGACAGAAGAAGGGGGGGCGUAGUCGGGUGCGGGCUAAGGGACGUGGGCGAGCUCAUUGUCAUCAAAAUAAUCGUGUAAAUCACUUGGGAACUCUCCCUUCAAAUAAUUCAUUUUUGAGUGAUGCCAAGCAACCUCCGGGUCCCCGCAUGCCAGAUGGUACUAGAGGAUUUUCAAUGGGUAGAGGGAAGCCAGUAGCUGUUAAUAUAGCAUAAUUUUGUUUGCUGAACAAGUUAACGUUGGAACGGUAGCUGUGAUAGUACUAGUACUACUAAGAGGCCUGCGCCAAUUCUCAAACAGAUAGAUAUUUUCUUUUUA